CCCGCCAAUGCAGUAAUCUUGAAGUGGGCCCCGUUAUCUGGGGGCGGAUCUUGGCCUGCGCUCGGAGAAUCGUCGAAAGUCGCCGUUCAGAAGUCUUUGAGUUCUGAUCCAAUCACUGCUCCCCCAGCGCCGGCGCCUGUUGCUGUCCCCAGUCAUCAUCAGCAGAUGAAGGUGAGCCCAAACAGUUCAAAUACUAACCCUAAUCCUAGGCCUCAAAGACAUAUGAGGCGUGGAGGCAGUUUUAACAACAAUCAUCACGGAUCAAUGGCCAAUGGUGGGCACAUCCCGUCUGCUCCGGUGGAGAGGCCACCACAGAUUUUACCUGAGAAACCAGUUGUGCAGGGCCAUGAACCUUCACCUAGGAACAACAAUAGCAAUUGGGAUCAUGGCUAUAGUUCUAGGGGAACUGGUCUUUCUCCACAUUCUCAUGGUGGACCUGAUCAUCAUCGGCCCUUCAAUCGGCGGGGCAACAAUGGUGGUAGCAGUGGACCCCACAAUGGCGGGGCCGGCGAGACCCCGAUCGUGGGGGCUAUGCUAAUGAUUGGAAUAACCCUCCCCCUCGCCACCUGGCGCCAGCCCCACUUCGUGGGCACCACCCACGGUUUCCGAUCAUCAGGUCAUCGCCGCCGCCUCCACCUCCCGGUGCUGCUGCACCUUUCGUCGCUCCUCCUCCUCCUCCAAUCAGAUCCUUUGUCGCUCCCCCAAUGGCAUUCCCUGCGGAAAUACCUCCUCCUCCUCCGUUUUUCUAUGUGCCGGCAUCUCCUCCUUUUGUUGCUGCUCAUCAUCCAGUGGCUCAUGCAAUACCGCCUGCAAUGUUGUUGAAUCCUACGGAUACUCUGCGAACAGAUGUUUUGAGGCAGAUAGAGUACUAUUUUAGCAAUGAAAAUCUGGUUAAAGAUAUGUACCUGCGGCAAAAAAUGGAUGAGCAGGGAUGGGUUCCUGUCACGUUGAUUGCGGGCUUUAAUCGAGUACUAAUGUUAACAAAGCACAUUCCCAAUAGUGCAGCUUAUAUACUGGAUUCAUUACGAACAUCUGAACUACUUGAAGUGCAGGGUGACAUGAUAAGAAGACGCGGUGACUGGGCAAAUUGGUUACCACGUUCUCAAUCUAGCCAUCAAAGUAGCCUUGCUGCUGCAAAUGUGGACAGUGUAGUGGAUCACAUGCAGAAUGUGAUGUUAGGAGAGAGGACGAGUAACAAUAGUUCUGGCGGUUCUUCAGAUCAAUGAUUGUUUGUGAGAGCUAAAAGGUAAAGUUUUUUUGGGGAGAAAAGGGGGGUUUAAGGAUAUCUUUUGGUAUCAGGGUCUUUGGAUUAAGAGAGAAAAAUUAAUAAAAAUGAUAAAAAUUUAAAAAAUAAAAAGUUAAAAAAAAUGAAAAACAUAAAAAAGAAAAAAAAAUCACUAGGUAGAGCGUCAUCAAGUGAGUUGUACAGUUUGUUUUAUCUUGGGGGAUGGUGCUUUCAGAUGGAAGUCGUGCAUAUUUAAGUCUAUAUGGGCUGAGGGCUUUUUUGUGCACCAUCCUUAAAUUAUUUUUUGGGUCAUAUGCCCUCCAUUUUUGGGGAGGAACUGAACAGAGGCUAUUGUCAUGUUCCUAGAGUCGGAGGAAGUGGAACCAAUUAGUUUAAUUAUUCUGGAAUCUUUGAGAACUUCUUAUGUUAUAUAGUAGGAAUUGGUGACAGGUACUUCAUAAAUUUCCCAAAAUUUGUUGGGAUAGACGAUCAGGAAUAUAUAUUUAGUUUAAAAAACUUUUGAAACAUAUGCUUGUCAGUUUUGUGAUUUUUGAUGAGUCUAUGUUGUGGAGGUCUUGCUGAGGUAUUCUUUUAUUCAGCCCUUGAAAGUUCGGGGACCAUUUUUCGCUGAUGUAGACUUUGGUGAAUAUGUUAAUGUGUAUGAAAAGAAUGGGUAUGAGUUUUCUGUUUAAUUUGAUAAAUGAGCUAUUAAGAGAGAUUCAUGAUGAUGAAUGGAACCGUAGUGUACCUUACCAGUUCUAUAUCUUGGUAGCUUAUUUUGUAAAAUGAGCGGACAACUCAUAUUCAGUAUUAUUACUGUUGUA